UGCAGUCAUUGAGAGCACGUGUGUUGCCAGUCGGGGGUGGGGCGUUCAGGGUCAGUCUGUUAAUGUCAGCAAGCAAGCGAGCAGCCGGGUGUGCUAGGUCUCCUCCGUCCACAAUGUUUCAUUAAUUGAACAUAAACGGGGCUUGAAGGCGUCAAUAUGGCUGAGGAGAAGGAGUCAGAAAAGUACCACCGGGAAAGCGAGUCUAGUGAGACUACUUUCAGCUUCGGAGACGACAUGGAGCUGAACCAGUUUGACGGAUUGCCGUUUUCCUCGCGGUACUACAAACUCCUCCAAGAGAGGAGGGCUCUUCCGGUGUGGAAGGCGAGGAGCCAGUUUGAGGAUGAACUGGUCAAAAAGCAGCUGCUGGUUGUGUCCGGACCGGCCAGGACGGGGAGGAGUACCCAGAUCCCUCAGUGGUGCGCAGAGUUCUGCCUGUCCACCAGGUACCGUCACGGGACCGUGGCUUGCACGCAGGCCAGCAGGCAGAGGGCCGUGGACCUGGCCUUGCGUGUAGCGGAUGAAAUGGACGUAAACAUCGGGCAUGAGGUGGGCUACAGCGUCAGCCUGGAGGUGUGCUGCUGCUCGGAUACUGUUCUCAGAUACUGCACUGAUGAUAUCUUGCUAAAAGAGAUGAUGUCCGACCCUUUCCUGGAGAACUACGCCAUCAUCAUCAUCGACCAGGCCCACCAGAGGACCGUCAGCACCGACCUCCUCCUGGUUCUCCUGAAGGCCGUCAUGGUGAGCAGACCUGAGCUCAGAGUCGUGGUCCUCGCCGCCCUACCCCUGACAAAAGGCUUCCUGAGUCACUUCCCCGGCGCACCGCUGAUCAACCUUGAGUCUCAGCGCCCCCCUGAGGUGGUCCACAGCUGCGGCGGAGGCAGGAACUACUUCUACUCCGCUCUGAGACUGGUUCUGGAGAUCCACCGUACCAAAGAGAACGGGGAUGUUGUCGUCUUCUUGGCUUCAGAGGACGAGAUGUAUGGGGCUCACAGCAUCCUGCAGAAAGAAGGAACCAGGCUUGCAGGAGAACUGGGCAACAUGGUGCCUGUGGUCCUGUGUCCCAACCAGGGAAGACUUCUGCUUCCACCCCUCUCGGAUGAGAAUGGAAACUCCCGCAAAUCACGACGGGUUUUCCUGGCGAUUCAAGAGGCGGAGGACUUGUGGUGGGCGAUGGAGAACAUCCACUUUGUCAUCGACACAGGAGUCCAGAAGAAAAUGGUGUACAAUCCAAGAAUACGUGCCAGCUCGGAGGUGCUGCAGUCCAUCAGUUGGUGUCAGGCUGAGCUGCGCAAGGAGCUGUGCGGACCAGAAGGUAAAUGUUUCCGUUUGUACGCGGACAGCCAGCUCCCUGCGGAGUGCGUGCCUCAAAUCCUGGAGUCCAACAUCACCUCCACGGUUCUCUUCCUCAAAAGGAUGGAGAUCGGGGGCGUGGGGCAGUGCCAGUUCAUCGACAGACCAGAUCCCGAAGCUCUCAUGCAGGCCCUGGAGGAGCUGGACUACCUGGCCGCUCUGGACGACGACGGCAACCUCUCUGAGAUGGGCAUCAUCAUGUCCGAAAUCCCUCUGGAGCCUCAGAUGGCCAAAGCCGUGCUGGCCUCCUGCGAGUUUGACUGCGUGAGCGAGAUGCUGACCAUCGCCGCCAUGCUUUCAGCACCAAGCUGCUUCCUGGAGCCUGCGUCCGGAAUGACCCACGAGGCUGUGCAGUGUCGAAGAAAGUUCCAGCACCCGGAAGGCGACCACUUCACCCUCAUUAACGUCUACAAUGCCUUUAAGAGAAGCCAGCGUACGCCACAUGUGAGUGAAAAGUGGUGCCGGGAUCAUUUCCUGGAUCAUUCCGCCCUCAAGGUGGCCGAGCAGAUCCGAUCGGAGCUGAUGGACACGCUGAACAGGAUCGAGCUCCCCGUCUCGGAGUCGGCGUUCGGCACCAGGAGCAACGCGUCCAACCUGAAGCGAGCGUUGCUGGCAGGCUUCUUCAUGCAGAUCGCUCGGGACGUGGACGGCGGCGGGAACUACCUCAUCCUCGCGCACAAGCACGUGGCCCAAGUGCACCCGCUCUCUGGCUACGGGCUGCAGUCCAACAAGCUGGGGGUCCCCGAGUGGGUGGUCUUCCAUGAGUUCAUGCUGUCGGAGAACAACUGCAUAAGGAUUGUGUCGGAGAUUUCGCCUCAAGUCUUCAUUGAAAUGGCCCCGCUGUACUACUUCUACAAUCUUCCCCCGAGCGAGAGCAAAGACGUGCUGCAAGACAUGCUGGACCCACAACCAGACGCUGCGGGACGGGACAAGAGACACAAAGUGAGCGGUGACGCCAACAACAACAACAGUAGUGUGCAGUCUUCUGACAGGUGUGUCAUUCAGUAGACAUGGAAAGGAUGUCAGUGAUGCAUAUUUGCUGAUGGGUGUCAAAGAAAAGGAAAGUCCUGAAUGUAAUUGCGUUUAUGUUGUGUCGUGCACACUUGGUUCUAAAUGAGCUUUUAAUGUCCGUCUUCCUCUCCUUUUGCUACUUCCUAACAACUCAAUGCUGUAGUGUUUUUUUUAAGUCUUUAAGGAAAAAGACUUCAUGAAAAUCUUUGUUAAACAUGAUUUUUAUGCUGGAAAUUCAUAAUUGACUAUUAAAUCUUUACAAUAUUAUCUUCCACCAGAGUAGAAGCUUUUUUUUUAUAAUUUGGGUGUU